AUGACAUCACCAGUAACAACAAUCGCACCCAAAUCUUCGCCAUCAGCGUGUUAUUCUAGUCACGAUUCAGAAGUACCCUCGAGUCAAGUAGCGCAUGCCAAUAGCCUUCUAACAGCAGCUGCAGCUGCCACUCAUCCACUUUAUUAUAAUCCACAGUUUUUACUCAAUAAUUUACAAGUGCAACCAGUAAAUGCUCAAAGUCAAUUAUUAUCACAACUUUUACUCACAGGUGGAGCAGCGCUUCCAUUUAUGAUUGCUGGAGCUCAAAAUAAUGCAACUUCUGUUGCUGCUGCACUACAAUUGUUGACGAGUACUGGAUUACUACAAAAUUUAUUUUCGCCUAUUUGGCCAUCUCAGAUUAAUUCAAACACAGACAGCAAUAAUAAUAAACAAGGAAACGUUGUUAAUAAUGUUCAACAAAUACUGAUUAAUGCAGCAGCUCAAAAUCAGUUGUUGCUACCAACGGCGACAUUUAUGGCUGCUCCACAACUCUUACAAACACAUCAACAACAACAACAAAAUACACCAAAUAGUGCCAUUUAUCAGCAUAAUAAUGAAGAACCACUUACACUUACAAAAAUUAGUAAAUCGAAAAGUAUUUCCAAGGAAAAUUCGAAUAAUGACAUCACACAAUUCAAGAAUAAUGAAGAUAAUAACAGCAGUGAAAAUGAAAAAUUAGAUGAUGAUGAGCCAACAAUCGCUUCAACAUUGGCAGCAUUACCAGAUCGAAACAAUCAAACAAUUGGAACAACAGUGGAUGGAAUUAAUUUAGAUGAAAUGAAAGAAUUUGCAAAACAAUUCAAAUUACGUCGACUCGCAUUAGGUCUUACGCAAACACAAGUCGGUCUAGCUCUUAGUGCUCAGCGAGGUCCCUCCUAUUCUCAAUCAGCAAUAUGCAGAUUUGAAAAGCUUGAUAUCACGCCAAAGAGCGCAACAAAGAUCAAACCGGUUCUCGAACAAUGGAUGCAUGAUGCAGAAGUUAAAUUUGGAGACAGGUUGAAAAAUGGUCCUACUAAUUUACAUGAAUUAAUGACUGAUUUGAAUGCAAAAAAACGUAAACGACGUACAUCAUUUACUCCACAGGCAAUAGAAAUUCUAAAUGACGCUUUUGAAAUCAAUACACAUCCAUCAGGUGUGGAGAUGACAGCGUUAAGUUCACGUUUAAAUUACGAUCGUGAAGUAAUUCGAGUAUGGUUUUGCAAUAAACGUCAAGCAUUAAAAAAUUCAAUCAAAAAGUUAAAAGGAAAGGCAAAGCAUUUGACAUCUGAAGACGAUGAUGAUGAUGAAACUUCUAAUCCAUCAUCAACAAUCUGUUCUCCAUCAUCUUCUUCAGUAUAUAAACAACCACAACCAGACAGUACAAACCAUUCCGACGGCGAAGAUGAUUUGUUAUCUAAUGAUGACGAUCAACAACAACAACUACAACUACAACAGCAACAACAACAAUGUGUUUUAAAAGAAUUACAAGAAAUAGCUAAUAUAAAAUCAACUAAUACAAAAGCUCAAAAUCUGAAUGAAUCAAAGCUGUUGUCCUCUUCUCAUAUUGCGAAACACUUUGAUGAUAAAAAUGAAUGA